UUUUAAAAUCUAUAAAACCUGUAAAUAAAUGUAUCGUUAAUUUAGUAGAAAUAUCAAACAUUAGAGAAUCCAGUUAUUUUAAGAGUUAGGAUGUACAGAACAAUAUUAUUUGUCGUUACACUUUAUCUUAGUUUACACGAUGCUCAAUCCGCAACUAAUGAAAAGGCGACGCAAGAAAAUGAUUUUGAUAUCCUCGUAUUCUCUCAAGAGUGGCCAGUCACAGUUUGCAAAUUCUGGCAACAAUUGAGCCCUGGAGGCCAAUGUGUCUUCCCUGAUAAAGAAGAUCAGUGGACAGUCCAUGGUAUUUGGCCUUCGAAACUGGGUCAAAAAGGCCCGGGUUUUUGCAACGACUCGUGGGCUUUUGAACCUGAAUUUGUGGAAGUGCUUGAGCAGGACUUGGAUCAAGUGUGGACAAAUGUUUAUAAAGAGACCGAACACUACAGUUUCUGGGAGCACGAAUGGGACAGACAUGGUACCUGCGCCACGACCCUACAACCCUUCGCUACUCCUCACAAAUUCUUCAGCAAAGCCAUAGAAUGGCACCGAACCUAUUUCCUAACAGACAUGCUCGAAGCUGCUAAUAUUCACCCAUCAGAUGACGAGGAAAUAUAUGCAGAUAAUAUAAUUAAUGCUGUUAAAAGUAAUACAGGCAAAGAUCCCAUGGUUGUCUGCAAACAUUUUGAUGGGGUCCAGUUUUUAGAGGAGAUACGUAUCUGUUUUGAUAAAGAACUAAAUGUUAUCGAUUGUUCUCCUACUGUUUAUAGGACCUGUGAUGUUUCUCGAGGGAUUGUUUUCCCUGCUAGUCCAUAAUGCACUUUAAGCUAAAGUUGUUAACUAAAUAGGGGGGAGAGAGAGCGUAGGUAGGUACAUAAAUCAAAAUAAUAGUGUUGAGUGUAGCCAAUAAACAAAACUAAGGAAUAAUUCAUAAACAUUAUUACCUAACUGAUUGACAUUAAUUUUUAGUAGUUA